UUGAGUAACUCCUUUUGAAAUGAAAACAAACCACUUUAGCGGCCUUUUGACUGUUCUUAUUGCAAUAUAAUUGACACAUAAUGCCGCAGAUAUUUUAAAAAUAAACUAGAAUCGCUAUUUCUACACUGGUGAAUAAACAGUGAUAAGGCGGAAAGCUAAAACUAAAGAGAAAAUGCAUCAAACCUGUGUGAGGAUACAGGGUUAGCAUAAACAGUUAGCUAACGUUAGCUGGUAACAGGACAUGCAGGGAUGGACUUCUAAUGUGAGACAAAGUGCUCCAUCAUGGAUGACUCGGACCAGGACUUUGUGGACCUUUGCUCUAAGCUUCUAAAACGAGUCCGCAAGAAACCAGGUGAGUCCAAACAGCCAAAGAGAGCAGAGCACCAGCCCUCCUGUCAGGCAAGCGAUGGAGACAAGAGGAGAAGAAAUACCAGGAGAGAUGUUGCUGACUCUGGGUCUGUUAGUACUGCUGCUGCGGACGGAGAACAGCCUGUGGUGGGUGGAGGAACUGGGCAUGAUGCAGGAGGGGCUGAGGUGUUAGCUGUACCUUCAGCAGCAGCAAGACAGAGAGCAGAGAUAGGUUUGACUGCCAAAGAUAAAGUCCUCCACAGGAUGCAACAGUUCAAGAGAGCCAGUCCACAGAAGAUUGUGUACGAGGACAAGAGCCAGCCCUCCCAUCAGGAGACUGAGCCUCCCCCACCUCUGGCACCGAGACAAGGACCUCCAGAGUCCUCCAGCUCCCCCCUCCCUCCGGACCCCCAGGAUGGUGACGAGGCUCUGGCCCUGCGGCUGCAGCAGGAGCUGGACAGGGAGGCAGCAGGGGUCCAGAGUGUGGACCUGGAGGAGGGGGGGCUCUUCUUCUGUCAGAUCUGCCACAGAGAUCUGUCACACAUGACCCCAGAGGGACGAACGCAGCAUCUCAACAGGUGUUUGGAUCAGAGUGAAGAGAGCGCCCCUGCUCCCCCUCCCCCGCCUCCUGGGCUCCCCGACUGUCCCAUCUGUGGAAAGAAGUUCAAGUCCCAGAAGAGUCGCUCGGCCCACCUGAAGCGCUGCUCCUCAGAUAUGGGGGUCGCUCCGGCGGUGCUGCUGCAGGCGCUGCACAGACAGACUGAGGAGACCCCGAAUGUCCCCGCCACCAACACACUAACAGAGACUGGUGGCAAUAAAAGAAAAGGCCCCUCCAUCCCGAGCCUCCGACCGAGGAAGAAGUCCAGGAAGAAGACGGCUCCUCUGGAUGAAGACACCCUGGUGGCCCUGGCUCUGUCCUCCUCUCUGCUGGAGCAGGAGCAGCGGAGUGAGAGGGAGACGGAGAGGCUUCUACAAACAGCUGCCCCCAACACCUCCAUGACUGCAGCGCUGAAGUGGAGGCCAGACAAGGGUAAGGGCCGUGGAAAGAGGAGAAAGGGAGGAGUCCCCCGCCCCCCCCCGCUCCUCCUGGUGCAGGAUGCCCAGGCGGCUCUGACCAGGCUGCAGGAACGCGUCUCUGCUCUGCUCCUACGCAGCCGCCCCCCCUCGCCCCCCACCCCCACCCGCCCCCCCAGCAGCCUGCCUGGCUGGAGCGGGGCGGCCCCUCUCUGGCAGAGGAGCUCCCUGCUGGACGGAGCCUCCACCUGUGAGGCUGACUUCUACACCCCCGAGCUCAGAGAGUUCAUCACCCCCUGGGACCCGGCGAAGAAGGAUGCAGCCUCCUCCAGCACCAUAACCAGGCCUAUCACUCCUGUUCUGCCUGUGAGUGAAGGAGCUCCUGUCACAGGGACUGGGGUCUCCAUUCUUCCAGCCUGCACCCCCCAGACGGCCCCCUCCACCCCGGGGGCGGGGCAGCUUCCAGCAGGCAGCCAGGCUGUCCUGAUGGAGCUGAUGGAGCUGGCCGAAGACGGCGUGACCCUCACUCAGUAUGGUCGCACCGCCCCAGGCCCGGACAAAGAUAAGAGCGGCAGUCAGAUCACGACCCUCCGUCUGAGCGGCUUCGUCCUGGAGGAGCCUGAGGAGCCGGCUGACCUCGGUGUGAGCGGCUUCCUGCCAGAAACUGCACACACACAUCCAGACGCUCACAGCCGAGCGAGGAGGAGAACAGAUCCUCCAGGGGCCGAUCAGGAGCGCCAAACAGCAGCACAGAGCAGACUGACCUCAGAUCUGAGCAGCAUGGUGAACAACCCUCAGCUCAGCGACCUGCAGCUGCAGGUGGACAGCGGAGACGUCUUCUUCGCUCAUUCCUUCAUGGUGUACGCUCGAUGCCCCCUGCUGGCUGAAAUGGUACAUGAAAGUGGUUUUGGGGUGCAGGAGGAGGGGUCUCCUGCAGCUCAGAGGGUUCUGGUGAACGACGUCCCGGGACAGGCCGUGUUAGCUCUGCUGCAGUACCUCUACACCGCCCGCUGCUCCAUCCCACCGGCCCUUCAGCCUCAUGUCCUGGAGCUAGCAUCCAGGUUUGACCUGCAGGAGCUCCAGCAGCUAUGUGAGCCGGAGGGCUUCCUGAACCAGGAGGAGGACGCCAGCGAUCAGAUGCAGCAGACCCUCGGCGAGCUGCUGCGCUCCAUGUGGGACGAAGAGGAGGACGAGGGCGGGGACACAGACGGAGGAAGGGAGGAAGAGCGAGAACUGGAAGACGAUCAUCAAGCCGAGGACCUCGCAUCGGCUGACAGAGAAGAGGAGAAGGUGAACGAGGAAGAGCUGGAGGAGAUCUAUGAGUUUGCAGCAACGCAGAGAAAAAGGGAGGAGGAAGACAGCAUAGAGGAGGAAGAGGAGGAAGAGGAGGAAGAGGAGGAAGAGGAGGAGGAGAAGGUAGAAGAGGAAGAAGGUGGAGAUGACGUUUUCGCUGAACUGACAGAACCUGAAAAAAGCUCAGCGGGCUUCAACGAAAAAGAGCAUUUGCAACCGGACCCCAGCCUGGAGCGCAGCUACAGCCGCCUCUUCUCCGACUCCUGGGGGGUCUACGAGGAAGACCCUCCCUCCGUACCCUCCACAUCCGGCCUCGCUAGAAAACACACCCCUCAAGCCCCACAAGCCCCACAAGCCCCUCAUAUACCCUCUCUUCACCCGUCCGGAAGAACUUUGCUCCAGUCUUCAGCGAGUGGAGUGGAGGACCUCUCUCCCAGCCCCCCACCCAGCACCUCCACCCUGCCCAUCCCGGGUCUGUCUCCUGGGCUCGGGGGGGGCGGAGAAGAGGGGCAAACUUUGAGGCGAGAAAGCCAAGGUCGGCGUAGUAUUCCCGUUCCCCACUCCCUAGUUUCACCUCAGGAAAAUGAGCCUGAGUUAAUAGUUUUGUCCGACUCGAGCGAGGACAUGGAGGUCGUUCUUAUUUCCCGCAGUCCUUCCCCACCGUCCCCUUACCCCGUCCAGACUCACACCUACACCCAGAUUAAACCCAAUGACCCCACCCUGGAGAAUAAACGGAGUGGCAGUUUAGAGUUGAGUCUGGAUGGAGAGCCGGGUCAGAGUCCUUCAGAUCUGUUUGGCUGUUCUCCAGAAGUUUCCUGGCUGAUCCCCUCCACGCCUCUCCAGACAAAGAGGGUCUCCACCAGCAGCUCCACGCAGACUCAAAGCAGCAUGUGCAGGACGCAGCUGUUCCCUAAAGCAGACCCUUCCUCCCUCUCAUCCUUCUCUCCCCCUGCUUUACCUUCUAACGACAGACCGCACACCUCCAACAGUCCAACCAGAGCUUCAUCUCGCGUUAGCCCGACGGAGGCUAACGCGUUAAAACUGGACUUCAGUUCUAGAAGAAGCCGCUCUUCUGAUGCGAGUAAAGACAGAGGAGUGUUUGCAGUUCCCCUGUCCCAACCUAAGCUCUCCAUCUCCUCAAAGCAGGGUACCCCCCCCCACCUCCAGACCUCCAGCCGGCCUUACAGCAGCACUCCCCUGCACACGGAGCUCCACAAAGCCCCCGCCCUCCUGACCACCUCUCCGCUCAGCUGGACGAGUCAGGGAAAGGACAGGGCGCCAUGUGAGAGCCAGGAGAAGAUGGAGCUUGGGAGCUUUCAUCUCUCGCCGCUGUCGGACCCUUCAGAUCCACCCUCAUCUUCCUCUCUCGGAGGCCGUCAGAGACACAGCGAGUCCUCGAGUAACAGCCGGCGCUCUGUUGACAGUCACAGCAAAACAGGGUCUGAGCUGGAGAGGAGGGGGAUGAGACUGGAGGAAGGACAAGGAGAGACGGAGUGCGGAAAUAGAGGCAAUGAAGCAGAAACUGGAGAGGCAGAAGUCGCUGAGUCUAGCUUCAGGCAGAGCAUCAUGGACGAGCCCCCCAUGGCGUUCAACGACUCGUGGGGUCUGGGCGCCUGCGGGGACGAGGACCCCGGCUGCUUCAGUCUGAGGCUGGAGGACAGCGGGGCGUCCAGCCAGGGAAAAGACCCUCCGUCCUCCACCGAGCGGCAGCCUCCCCCCCCCCAGCCUCAGGCCCGCCCCCUCUUCAUCCAAAUCCACUUACCAUCGCGUAAUAAAAGGCGCCGCACCCUGGUACCCAUCACCCCCCUGCCCCACUACUCAGACAUGGACACCCCGGAGCUGAAGACCAAACUCAACAGGUUUGGUGUUCGGCCUCUACCAAAGCGCCAGAUGAUCCUCAAACUGAAGGAGAUCCACCAGUACACGCACCAGCUGGUCAGCUCGGAGGAGGAGGAGGAGGAGGCGGCCCCCUCGGCUCAGACGAAGCCCCCUCCCGCCUCUUCAGCCUCCUGCAGCCAACGAGUGCAGUUCAAAGAGCCCCAAGCGCCCGCUGCUGUCUCCCCUGUGAAAGCCGGCAGAGAGGAGGCGGAGCUUCUGUCGGCCUCCCAGGGCUCCAACACCUCCUCCACCGCCGCCAGUGAGGAGUCUGAGAGGUCCAACCCUGAGCUGUGCCUCUCCUCAGGCUCUGACAGUGACGGCGGCCUCUCUGCCUCCCAGUCAGUGAACCGUCUUCAGGAUCGCCUCCAGGCGGUGCGCUCCUUCAUCCUCUCAGACUCCACCCUCUACAGUCAGAUUCUCCAGUACCAGCCUCUGGUCUUGUCGCAGCUGAAGGAGCGUCUGAAAGCAGCAGGGAUCCGCCUCGCUGCCGCCAAGCUGGUGGACUACCUGGACUCUCAGUGCAUCACCUUCACCACGGCCAAGCCGGGACCCCGCGCAGCCAGCCGCUGGCGGGGCAAGAAAACUGGCACCAGGGCAAAGGCAGCAGGCAGGAAGAAAGCUGUUGCAGCCAACAUUUGAAAAUGUAUGACUGCAAAGACACUUUGAGAGGUGGCUGGUGUUAUUUAAGGGCUUUGAACAUUUGUCUGAAAAUAACUGGCAGAAGAGGCCAUGUUUGUUAUGUGAAAGGUGCCUUUUCU